GAGAGAGAGGGAGGAGUGGGAGCGCAGGAGGAGGACCGCCACAGAGGAGCGGAGCAGGGACGCGGCCGGAACACCUCGGCUCUAGUCUCGACGUUUAACAAGCCCCGUCCAUUCUGUGCGCAUUGGUACAUGUGAAUAUCGGUCUAAUAAGAACUUCAAAAUUCACAUUACCAAAAAACAACAACAACAACAACAACAACAACAACAACCACAACAACCCCCGGUGCAGCGGAGGAGAGCUACGGACGGCGCUUCGGGGCCGGCCACGGAGUUGCCACGCUCCCCCGGGCGCAGCGCUCGCACCGCGGCUCUGCCAGAGGGGGCAUGUUCCGGGCAUCCCGCGGACGCACUUGAACUCCUGCUUUCCCCCAAAGAGGAUUCAAUGAAAAUGUCCGUGUGCGUCCAUGAGAACCGAAAAUCUAGAGCCAGCACUGGCUCUAUGAACAUCUACCUGUUCCACAAGUCCUCCUAUGCCGACAGCGUCCUCAUGCACCUGAACUCGCUGCGGCAGCAAAGGCUUUUCACGGACGUCCUGCUUCAUGCUGGCAGCCGCUCCUUCCCCUGCCAUCGCGCAGUGCUGGCUGCAUGCAGCCGCUAUUUUGAGGCCAUGUUCAGUGGUGGGCUGAGGGAGAGCCAGGCCAGCGAGGUUGACUUCCACGAAUCCAUCCACCCAGAGGUGUUAGAGCUCCUGCUGGAUUAUGCAUACUCGUCACGCGUGGUCAUCAACGAGGAAAAUGCAGAGUCCCUACUGGAAGCGGGGGACAUGUUGGAGUUUCAGGACAUCCGUGAUGCAUGUGCUGAAUUCCUAGAGAGAAACCUUCACCCAUCUAACUGCCUUGGCAUGCUGUUGCUUUCUGAUGCCCACCAUUGUACCAAGCUGUCAGAGCUCUCCUGGGGCAUGUGCCUCAGCAACUUCCCUGCUAUUUGCAAGACAGAGGACUUCCUCCAAUUGCCCAAAGAUAUGGUGGUGCAGCUUUUGUCACACGAGGAGCUGGAGACAGAAGAUGAGAGACUUGUUUAUGAAGCUGCCCUUAACUGGAUAAACUAUGACCUUGAAAGGAGGCACUGCGACCUUCCAGAGCUUCUGAGAACGGUCCGCCUGGCCCUGCUGCCUGCCAUCUUUUUGAUGGAGAAUGUCUCAACAGAAGAAUUGAUCAACGCCCAGGCCAAGAGCAAGGAACUGGUAGACGAAGCUAUCCGCUGUAAGCUGAAAAUCCUGCAGAAUGACGGUGUUGUCAACAGCCCAUGUGCACGACCAAGAAAAACCAGCCAUGCUCUCUUUCUCCUAGGAGGGCAGACUUUCAUGUGUGACAAGUUGUACCUAGUAGACCAGAAGGCCAAAGAGAUCAUCCCCAAGGCGGACAUCCCCAGCCCCAGGAAAGAGUUCAGUGCCUGCGCCAUUGGCUGUAAGGUGUAUAUCACUGGUGGGAGAGGCUCAGAGAAUGGUGUGUCCAAAGAUGUAUGGGUCUACGACACCAUCCAUGAGGAAUGGUCCAAAGCGGCUCCAAUGCUCAUCGCCAGGUUUGGUCACGGCUCUGCUGAGCUAAAACACUGUCUCUACGUGGUAGGAGGCCACACCGCAGCAACUGGAUGCCUCCCGGCUUCUCCAUCAGUGUCCCUCAAACAGGUGGAGCAAUUUGACCCAGUGGCAAACAAGUGGACCAUGGUGGCUCCUUUGAGAGAAGGUGUGAGCAAUGCAGCAGUGGUCAGCGUCAAGCUCAAGCUGUUUGCCUUCGGAGGAACCAGUGUCACCCAUGACAAGCUGCCCAAGGUGCAGUGCUACGAUCCGCAGGAGAAUCGAUGGACUGUGCCUGCAUCCUGCCCGCAACCAUGGCGCUACACAGCUGCUGCUGUGCUGGGAAACCAGAUCUUUGUCAUGGGCGGGGAUACAGAGUUUUCAGCAUGCUCAGCUUAUAAGUUCAGCAGCGAGAGUUACCAGUGGACUAAAGUGGGCGAUGUAACAGCCAAGCGGAUGAGCUGCCAGGCUGUAGCAUCGGGAAACAAACUGUAUGUUGUGGGUGGGUACUUUGGCACACAGAGGUGUAAAACUCUGGACUGUUACGACCCAACACUGGAUGCUUGGAACAGCAUCACUACUGUGCCAUACUCGCUCAUUCCAACUGCUUUCGUCAGCACCUGGAAACAUCUGCCUGCCUGAGCCCCAAACUCUGUACCAUCAUCGUUUUCAUAAGAUUUCCCUUUUUUGCAUCAUCUACUGGACUCCAACUGUGAAGAAGCACAUAUUCUCUUCCUCGAAAAGAGACAUUGAGCAGUGAUGUACAGACCCCCACAUUCAUUUUAAUGUCGCGAAGAUGCAGGGGCAGAGACUCGUACAGCUGGACACUUCGCCAGAAUGAUGUCAUCUCAUGUUGCGGAGAAGGAAGUUGAGACAUGCAGUAACAGUCACUCACGCAAAAAAAUACCAAACAAACUGCCGCUUGUUAUAUGAGGCACAACCUUGUCCACAUCCAGCAAAAUCAGGCUUUUAUGCUGCCAUAUGAGGACUGCUAACAUAUUACACAACCUGCAAUUUCUUUUUUGUCUCUCACUUGUGUCAUUACUGCAUUUAGUCAAGGCAGGCUUGUGAAGGUCUGUAUUAAUGUUUUUCACUACGAUAAAAGAAAAAAAAAACUCUUUUCAUGGAGACUGCAAUGUAUAGCAUGAUGAAUGUCCCAUUUAGAUUGAGGGAGGGGGAAUGCAGUGAUUGGUGUGCUAAAGAACAUAAAAGCAACUCGGUUUGACUGACUACAGCUGAUUUACUAAGGCACAAUGAAGGAGCAAACCUCCCCCUUCUUUCCUCUAAUAAGCUCUUUUGUUUGACCCUUUUGUAUGUCUUUUUUUUCUUCUUUAGAAUGUGUGCUUCUAACAGCUCAUACGCAGAAACAAACCUUUGAGUGUUCCUCUUAUGAAGGCUUCGGCAGCCUGCUGUCAAUGCAAGCCACGAGGUGUUGAUGACCAAUACCAGCUGAGGUUGAGGAGGAUGGAGGGGAUCGGGGCGGGGGGGGGGUUGAUGUGCCUCGGGGGUCAUGACCUUACAUGUUUGCUGUUUUGCAGCUACGCAUUAAUGCGCGCUGAGUGCCGGUUGACGAACCCACUGUACACAGCGGCAAUGAUGCAGUGUUUGGAUUCAGCGCUUCAGAAAAGACGCCGUCAUAUUCAGCGGUACACACAAUGCUGUAAAAGAGCGGCUGUGCUUCUGCUGUUCAGAUAAGUGGCGGCUUGCUUGCUGAGUCAUAGAUAAAGCCUUUUUAGAGCAUGUCCACUCUUGGACUGUGAUUCAGUAAAACUGGCAUGAACUCUUCUCUAUGGUCACAGAAAUCUUGUCACCUUAACCUAAACUGACAACUAAUCAGUUUCUUUUUUUUUUUUAAAAACUCGCUGCAAUGUAGUCUUAAUUUAUAUGACAAUGAUUACUCUGUUGUGUUAAUGUUGAAUCCUAUUUAUUUCUUCUCUGCCUGCAUUCAUAUGUGAAUGCAUGUGUGGGUUAUGUCAUGCAUGGCCAGGUGUUGUGUUUUAUUUGACCUCAGUCAGGCUGCAUUUUGCACAGUUCGGUCUUUUGCAGCAGAAACGAGUUCCUUUAAAAGACACAGAGGUGCGACUCAUCAGAGUAUGGACGGAAGAGGAAGAAGGGCUCCGAUAACCAAUGACGUGAAGCAGUUUAGGCCACAGGGUCACUUCUCAAAUAAGAAGCCUCAACUGGGUUGAAAGAUAUAAUCAUUUUUACUUCAAUUAGAUUCUCUUUAAGCUCUACCCUGGGUCCAAACCAGAUGGGCCUGUUGUGGCCCAAACUGUACCAACAAAACAAGAAGACAUGAACCAUGAAACAGAUAAGGCAGCUGGAGUGGUGCAGUGAGUGACCCAGUAACUAUCAGGGACAUCACAGACUAACUCUGACAUAGGAAUGCGACGGCCUGCGCAGCUGCCCUUUGGGACAGCUGGAAGAGUGUCACGUGUGCUAACUUGGCCCUUUGGGGUGUUAAGCCACCAGCGUCUUCACCAUUAAGUGGAGAAAGAGAGUGGAAUCCAGUAAACUGUGCAUUGGUAAGGGCAGACACCGCAGUGCUUUUCAUCAUCAUAGUGUUAAAUGAUGCACACAAAAAAAGAAAAAGAAAAAAACACUACAAGUUCUUAAAGAAAGAAAAGCGGAAUGUUGGAAACACUUGCACAUGAAAUUGGGAACUCUAAUCGGUGUUUUUGUCUGCGUCUGUCUGUGUGACCUGAACAUUGACGUUUUACAAUGGACUCGUUCAACGCAAGAGUUAAUGUUUCGGUGCAGUGUGUAUUUUUAUUUCCAUGUCCUUCCCCAAUGGAUUCACGGAUCAAAUUAAAUCUGCGGGGAUCAAUGGAGAAACCGCCCUGUAAAUUCCCGCUCAGCUCCUCAAGCCGGCCAAAAAGUUCAUCCUUUUAGUGGCGGUUUCUGGACUUCGACGGGGACCCUUGUGGCUCCAUAACGUUGACCUCCUCCAGUCACUGAACACAGAGCCUCUGGCCCCCACCAAUCAGAUAAGAGCAUUUCUUUCCCAUAGAGCACAAGUUACCCUGACAACAGCAAGCAAUGAAUGCCCCUUCAAUUCACUCCUAAUUGCUGAGUGGCAUUUCCCAUUUUUACUCUUGCCCUCCUCUUAUCCUCUGUUUUAUCUGGAAAUCCCGCUGGCUCAGACUGGAGCACAGUAUCCUACUUCACUUAAUGAUGUAUGUUCAGACAGAGACCCUGUCAGUGUGCAUCGGUUUCCUUUUCUUUUGUCAUGUAAAAGUUUUAAUUUCUAUUUUUAUGGCAUUAUUUUGUACAUGUGAUUUUUUUCACAAUGUGAAAUUCAUGGCUAAUAAACAUAAGAGUUUUUUCCUCUUGACUGUA